AAUAAAUAAAUAAAUAAUCUAAACUGGUUUACUUCAUACCUUCAAAAUAUUUGCUUGUGUUGUUGAGUUAUUAUGAAAUUUGGUGAAGUAUUUAAAACACGGUCAACACAAUUAGUUAACUACGAGCCAAUGAUGGAGGAAGAUGAAGCUCGCUCUGAAGCUACUUUCAGAUACAAAAUUGAAAAUUUCAGUAAAAUGCGAGACACUGUGCUCAGCCCCCCUACAUAUGUCCGUAAUUUACCAUGGAAAAUCAUGGCCAUGCCUCGCACUAAUCAGUCCCAAGAUCGUCAGCCAACAAAGAGUCUAGGAUUUUUCUUACAAUGCAAUGGAGACUCAGAUUCAUCAACUUGGUCAUGUAAUGCAACAGCUGAGCUACGAUUAUUAAAUCAAAACGAAGAUGGGGAACCCCUGACAAGAAAGAUCCAGCAUGUUUUCUAUAGUAAGGAAAACGAUUGGGGUUUUAGUCAUUUUGCUGCUUGGAAUGAUAUUCUUGAUCCAGAAAAAGGAUACUGCAAAGAAGAUUCAAUAAUUUUGGAAGUUUGGGUUGCUGCCGAUGCUCCUCACGGUGUCAGUUGGGACUCUAAAAAACACACUGGAUAUGUUGGACUUAAAAAUCAGGGUGCAACUUGCUAUAUGAACUCGCUCCUUCAAACCCUUUUUUUUACAAAUAAACUUAGGAAAGCAGUUUACCAAAUGCCAACUGAAAGUGAUGAUUCCUCUAAAAGUGUUGCCCUUGCAUUACAACGUGUUUUUUAUGAGUUACAAUUUUCUGAUAAACCCGUGGGCACUAAAAAGCUAACCAAAUCAUUCGGAUGGGAAACUCUAGACUCAUUUAUGCAACACGAUGUUCAAGAAUUGUGUAGAGUUCUUCUAGAUAAUAUGGAAAGCAAAAUGAAAGGAACUUGUGUUGAAGGAACCAUACCUAAACUAUUUGAGGGCAAAAUGAUCUCUUUUAUUAGGUGCAAGAAUGUAGAUUUUUCUUCUUCCCGCGUCGAACCUUUUUACGAUAUACAAUUGAAUGUCAAAGGAAAGAAAAAUAUCAAAGAAUCCUUCAAAGACUAUAUCUCUGUCGAAUUACUGGACGGCGAAAAUAAGUAUGACGCAGGUGAAUAUGGUCUCCAAGAGGCAGAAAAAGGCAUUAUAUUUUCGUCAUUUCCUCCUGUUCUUCAUCUUCAUCUUCUCCGUUUUCAAUAUGAUCCAGUUACAGACACUAAUAUUAAAAUAAAUGAUAGAUUUGAAUUUUACGAGAAAAUUGACUUAAGCGAAUAUCUUCAAAAAGAUGAGGACAGUCAAACCCCUAAGCAUGCUCACUACACAUUGCAUGCUGUUUUAGUUCAUUCUGGUGAUAAUCACGGAGGUCAUUAUGUUGUUUUUAUUAAUCCUAAAGGCGAUGGUAAAUGGUGUAAAUUUGAUGAUGAUGUAGUUUCCCGGUGUACUAAACAAGAAGCGAUAGAUCUCAAUUUUGGUGGCAACGAGGAUGAUGUGACGGUCAAACAUUGUACCAACGCUUAUAUGUUGGUCUACAUUGCUGAUGACAGUGAUGUUUUGGAACCUGUUACAGAGGAAGAUAUUCCUGAACAGCUUAUUGAAAGGUUACAAGAAGAGAAACGUCAAGAAAAUUUACGCAGAAAGGAAAGAAAUGAAGCACACCUUUAUAUGAGUAUUAAUGCAUACACAGAAGACAGCUUCAUUGGACACAAAGGAAAUGAUCUAUAUGAUCCUGAAAAAUCUCUCUACAAAACAUUUAAAAUUAAAAAACAAGCAACUAUUAAGGAAGCUUUAGCGACAAUCGCUGAGCAAAUGAAAUAUCCUGAAGCUGGGAUCAGAAUAUGGCCAAUAACUCAAAGAGCCAAUGAAACUUCACGUCCCACUAAUUUAGAUAUAGAUGCUGAUCCAACCAAACAUAUUUGCGAAAUCGCAGAAAAUAAUAAUCCAUGGAACGUCUUUCUAGAAAUGGUUGAUCCAGAUAGUGCAGCAUUACCAAGCAUCGACAAAGAAAGUGACGUGCUUCUUUUCUUCAAAAUGUACGAUCCCAAGAACAAAUUUAUAACUUACUGUGGUUUAGCCCAUUUACCUGCUACUACCAAGACUAAAGACAUUAUUCCUUUCUUGAAUAAGAAAGCUGGUUUUCCACCUAACACUCCACUCGAUUUAUAUGAGGAAGUUAAACCUAAUAUGGUUGAGCCAAUUGAAGAUUUAGACCAACCUCUUAACAAAGUGCUGGAUGAACUUAUGGAUGGAGACAUCAUUGUUUUUCAGCGGUCAGAUCUUAAAUUAGGACCUGAAUGUGAACUGCCCACUGUUGCCGACUACUUUAAAGAUCUCUUUAAUAGAGUUGAAGUUAUUUUCUGUGAUAAACAGCUUCAAAACGAUCAGGGUAUUGUUUUGGAGUUAUCUCUGAAAAUGAAAUAUGAUCAAAUAGCCACCGCGCUUGGCCAGAGAUUAGGAUGCGAUCCAUAUUUAAUACAGUUUUACAGGCCUCAAAGCUAUCGAGAUGGUCAUUGUGGACCAUUGAAAUGUAAUUAUGAAGGUAACUUGCAGGAGAUUUUAACUAACUAUAAACCAAGACAGCCUAAAAAGUUAUAUUAUCAAUUAUUAACUAUUCGCGUCAAUGAGUUGGAAAAUAAAAAGCCAUUUAAAUGUGUAUGGGUCAACAACAAGCUUAAAGAAGAGAAAGAGCUUUUAUUAUAUCCAAAUAAAAAUGGAACUGUUGCUGAACUACUGAGUGAAGCACGAAAACAAAUUGAGCCCAGUGAAGAUGGUAGCGGUCAACUUCGAUUAUUAGAAGUAUCCAGUAACAGAAUAACAACUACUCACGGCGAAGACAUACAAUUGGAAUGUUUAAAUCCAGUUGGUAAUAAAAUUUUUAGAAUUGAAGAGAUACCCAAGGAUGAGCUGGUUAAAGAAAGUGGCGAUUUUCUCAUUCCUGUGGCACAUUUUCAGAAGGAAGUUUAUCACACAUUUGGCACUCCAUUUUUGCUUAAACUGAGAAAUGGCGAACCUUUCUCGGCUGUGAAAGAAAGAAUUCAGAAAAAGUUAGAUGUUCCUGACAAAGAAUUCGAAAAAUUCAAAUUUGCCAUCAUUCUAGGCUCCAAACCUCAGUAUAUACCUGAAGAUAAUGAUUAUAUUGUUAGCAAAGAUGAUUUCCAAGUUCAAUCAAUUCAGAAUACCCUCCAGACUGGACAAGCGGACAAAUGGACUAAACCUUGGUUAGGUCUUGAUCAUGUCAAUAAAGCCCCUAAAAGGUCGAGAUAUAAUUAUUUGGAAAAGGCUAUCAAAAUUCACAAUUAAAAGGUCAAUCAAACAGGCAAAUGUCAAACAGAAUUAUAUUCACUUGGUUUUUUAAGUCAAGUCAAGUCAAGUCUGAAAUUUAUAAAUAUAAAAAUAACAUCUUUGAAUCGAGUCGUUAUAUCGGAUAAAUUAUAAAAAUAAACUGGAUCCUGGCUUUCUCCAAAUAAACCAAGUGAUAAAUGCUAACUUCGAUCCCAAUUCAAUUCAUUUCAGCUAAAAUAAUUGCUCGAAAUCCACGUUACGAGAAUUCAUCUUCCUUUCUCCUCUUCUCUCUCCCGUGUUUUUUCCUCUUUUCUCUUUAUUCUUCUUCUCUUUAACUCAAAUUAAGAGAAGCUCACUCACAACCAAGUUCAUUGGGUAAUCAUUAAAAAAUGUUUUCUAGUAAAAUAUGUUCAAUAAAUUUAAUCAACUUUCGA